AUAUAUAUUCAUUUUAACCUAUUAUGUGAGACUAUAUCAUUCAUGUGGGGGCAUAUCUUCGGAUAUACUGCCCUUUUUUGGACCAGGUCGUCAGACAGGAUCGCCGCGGCAGCCGGCCCCUCCGGAUCUCUGUUUAAAUGCAACCAGCCCCACACCACCUUCAACUUUCCGACCAUCGUUUUCACACAGAGAGAGAGAUGGGUGCAGCGCAGGCGAUGAAGAGAAUACCCAGAAUCAAGUUUCCUCAGAGGCAUCCCAAACCCUCAGUUUCUGGAGCCCAGACUCAACCAGCGUCUGCUGCUGGGGAUGUUAAUCAAACUUCCUUCUCGAGGGCAUCCAACAUGACUGUAGGAGGAAAGGCAUCUCUUCAGCCCAAACGAACACCAGUGUCUGACAAGGAGAUUGAGGCCAUUCUGUUGGGUGGCUGCUGCUGAUAUUUUGCUGGAGCUUUGGGAGUGAAGGACGCUACCCUGGAUGGUUCUUUUUUGCUUUUUAAAUAUUUCCCUUUGGGAUAUAUCAAAUUCAUGUUGUGUGGAAACUAUUGUACUGUAAGGAGGCUACAAGGGAAUGAUUGACAAAUUGAAAAUAUUUAAAAGGAAGCAGAAAAAUGAAAGAAAUUAAAGGCA